UAGGCCUAUAGGCUACGUUAUUAUCAUGUCAGCGUUGAUCUGAAUGAGCACGCGAUACAGCGGCUCGUGGCGUGACAGCCUUUAAAUACCAGCCCAGACGACACGAGCGUCAUUCCACAGAUGAAGACAGUCGGAGACCAUCCAGAGAACUCGUUGCUUCGGUUUGAUUGAAGACGUCUAUUGGCCCUGCAGCCUGCUGUUUUUUUUACCAUCCAAACCCCCCUACCCCAUCUUUCUCGCUACCCCCAAACCCCAUCUCCUCUUAUGGCGUUUUUGAUGUCUCUUUUUUGAGACCGCUCAGUAAAACGGCUUGCCUAUCCUCUACCUGUCUCUACCCUAUUUCUCUCUACCUUAUUUACCGCUAUCAUUACGGCAUUCUCAUUUCUAAAGUACUUGAAAUGAACAAAAAAAACGAACUUGAAAAACCCUGAGCCAAUGAAAAACCCAGAGCCAUUGAAAAAAACCCAGAAACUUGAAAAAAAAAAAAAAUCUUUCUUUUUGAAAUAGAAAGUACCAUCUCACUACAAACUGGUUUGUUUUGAGACAUCUCCUCCUGUACCUAUUGUCACACUCUGUACCUACUGUCACACUCCCUGUAGUUCACGCUGAAGAGAUGCCAAAGAAAAGCAAAAGAUCCCAAGCGGCUAAAGUAAGGUGGAGUAAGUCUGGUGAGUUUCCGCUCAAAACACAAGCUGAACAUGUGCAGAAUUGUGAUCCUGACAGCAACAGAGAAGUACAUUUUCCUGACCAUUCUCAUGCUAAUGUGACAUGUGUGUUAGCAUCCUACAGUCAGAGCCAUCAUAGAUAUAUUGAUUCAAAAAACAGUCAGUGCACCUGUAACUCUGUGACAUUUCUAGCUUUCCUGCACGAGUUACAUCACCUGCAAAGCGCAGACCUUGAUCAGAUUUUGGAUCGCGGCCAUGCAAUGUAUGCCCUUACACUGGGACAGUUAUGUGUCGAUGGAACAAUGGUGCAUGGACACUUGAAUAUACAGGAACUCCCUGAGAUUGUUUUUGGCCAAAGACAGCAGCAUGUGCUGACAAAGUGUAACUCAAUGUAUGGAACGUUUGUAUCUUCUCCUGAAGUAGGCGAAUACCUCAACCUUGCAGCGAGACUUCAGUGCUUGACCUCUGACGUGAACUCCGCUUUGCUGGUAAUGACCUCUCAGUGCAUCGCUGUUUUCCGAGACCGGCAUGGAAGGUAUGGCUAUUUUGACCCACACACUAGACGACCUGAUGGACUUCCCUCUGGCCCAGAUGUACCCGGCACAGCUGUCAUGUUGACUUUCACGCAUUUAAAAGACCUGGUAAAAAAGUUGAUCGCAAGCUUUACUAUGUUAGGCUCCAGCCCUUAUGCACCAUAUGAGCUCGUUCCUGUGCUUUUCAACAGUGAGGAUGAAUUCUCUGUGGAUGGAGUUUUGGCAAAUGUAGACUCUAAUGCAGAUACUGCUGAGUGCACUCCCUGUGAUGAAAUAUCAGACGCAAUUGAACUCAUGCACGUUUGUAGCGGUGAAGUUACGGUGGAAUGCGAUACAUCUGACAAACCCCAACAGAUGCCCAAUCUAUCAAAAUAUUCAAAAGAACAAAGGGUAAAGUUCGAAAAAAGACGUAAGGCUUUGGAGGUGACGAAAGCUAAACAUAGCAAAAAUUUUGAAACUGCAAAACAAAAAAAAAAUAGAAAAGAGAGGGAAAGGUAUGCUAAAGAUAAAUAUGUCGACAAAAAGAGAUCCGGUGAAACCAACUGUUACAGAAAAAGAAAGAUGUCCUACAUAGCCACUCGCUAUCAAAGAGACUCUAACUAUAAGCAGAGGCAGAGGUCAUAUAUAAGAAACCGUUACAGUAAAGACAAAAGCUUUAACCAGAGGCAGAGGUCAUAUAUCAGAAACCGUUACAGGCAAGACAAAAGCUUUAAUCAGAGGCAGAGGUCAUACACCAACACCCGCUAUCGCUUAAAUGCUCAUUUCAGGCAAACCCGAAGUACUUAUCUUACCAAUCGUUAUGCAAACGACCCUGCAUUCAGAUCCAAACAGAAAGAAAAAAUGAGACAACGCAUGCGCGAUACAUACAGUAACAACCAUUCGUUUGGCAUGACUUAUAGCAUGUAUUGUGCAAUGAAAAUAAGACAAAAGUACAGGAACGUAAACAGAAGACCAAACCAAAUGGACGACAAUCGGCCGAACCAAAUGGAUGACAAUCUCACUACGGAUGCUAUUGAGGUUUUUCGAUCCAACAUCAAAAAUGGGCCGACCUUUGCGUGUACAGUUUGCCACCGUGCGUUGUUUGCAAAUCAAGUGCGAUACUGCGAUAGGUCAAAGUAUACUCAGAACACAGAUGUUGUUGAAACCUGCCUUACAGGGAAGUUUUUUCACGUUUGUAACGAUUCUUGUGAAAAUCCAGAGCAGUGCAAUGUACCAAAUGAGAGAAAGAGAGAGUGGAUCUGUCACUGUUGUCACGAACAUCUUAAAAAUGGCCGCAUGCCACAACUCGCCAUCGCAAAUAAUUUACAGCUCGCAGAUAUUCCACCUGAACUGUGUGACUUAAACAUAUUGGAGAGACAUCUCAUUAGCAAAUACAUCACGUUUGCCAAAAUAAUCCCGCUUCCCAAAGGUCAACAACGAGCCAUUCAUGGCAAUGUAAUAUGCGUCCCAUCAGAAGUGCAGGAAACUGUCAAUGCCUUGCCCAGACUUAGAAGUGAAUCUCAAGUCUUGAGAGUGAAGCUAAAGAGACGUUUGUGUUAUAAAGGUCAUCAGCUAUUCCAAACUGUAACCUGGACUAAACUAGUGAGGGCUUUGCUUAAGCUUAAAGAGGUCCAUCCACAGUACAACGACAUAACCAUCAGAGAUGACGCUGAAUUAUGCGAUCCAACUCUAGAUGAGGACGAAGAGACUGAAAGCAUAGAUGACACGGAUUUUAAUGCUGAAGAUAUGAUGGAAAUCGACAGCUUUGAGAACGGUGCACUUUGCGAGGCAGAACCUGAAAACAAUGAACAGGCUAUUGAUUCAAUUGAAUUAAGUCAGCAGUCAAACAGCAAUCAACAGGAGGGUGAUGAACCUAAUGGCAGCAUUGCUCUCGAGUCAUGUCUGCAGCCAACUGACAUUUCAGAGGAAAUUUUGAGCUUUAGCGAAGGAAUAUAUUCGGUUGCGCCCGCUGAAGGAAACAAACCAGUAAGCUUUUUCAAAACUCCUAACCUUGAGGCGAUGGCUUUCCCCGUUCAGUUUCCGACGAGCAAAAACACAAUCGAUGAAGAGCGUCCGAAGAAAUUAACUCCCUGCAGUUAUUUCAAAAGUAGACUGAGCUGCAUCGACGACCGUUUUGCAAGAGAUACAAACUAUUUGUUCUUUGCACAGUUUGUACAAGAAAUACAUCAGGCCACCUCCAGCAUGUCAAUACAAUUGCGCAAAGGAAAACCGUAUACCCGCGACGGUCGCAAAAUAAACAAUGCAAUGUUGCAAGACAAACACGAGGUUGAAAAACUGGUACGUAACAAAGACGCAAUUCGAUUCAUGAAAGUUUUGCGAGGCAGCCCCGCCUACUGGCAACAAACUACCAAAGACUUGUUUGCGAUGAUAAGGCAAUGUGGAACGCCGACUUUCUUUUGUACAUUUUCUGCAGCCGAAAUGCGCUGGAAAGAAAUAAUUACCGCUAUUAAAACUCAACAAGGCGAACAAGUGAAUUUCGAUGAGCUCGACUGGUCGUCCAAAUGCGAUAUUUUGCGAAGUAAUCCUGUGACAACGAUGCGCAUGUUUGACAAACGCGUUGAAGCGCUGUUCAGAGAUUUGAUCAUGUCACCUGCACAACCCAUCGGCAAAGUCGUUGAUUACUUUUACCGUUUAGAAUUUCAGCACAGAGGUUCCCCUCACAUACAUUGUCUCAUUUGGAUAGAAGGAGCGCCAGUGUUUGAGGAGGACUCGGAUAAGACGGUUUGCGAUUUCAUUUCCAAAUACAUCACCGCCGAGAUGCCUGAUCCAAACACGCAACCUGAACUUCACAAAAAAGUUAGCGGGGUUCAAAUGCACAGCAAGACACACUCAAAGACGUGUAUUAAAUAUCUCGGUGCCAACUGCCGUUUUGGAUUUCCGAAAUUACCUUCCCCCGAGACGAUGAUAGUAAGAUCUGAAGAAUGUGACGGUGAAGAUGAAAGAACGUCGGUGGCGACAAGAAAGCUCACAGCACUAAACCGGUUGCUUAACAAUCCCGAGAGCGAAUCUCUGAGUUUAGAGCAGAUAUUGUCCUUGUGCGAUCUUACAGUUGACCAAUACCAGGAUUGUCUCCGUGUUAAGGCAAAAAAAAGUGAGGUGGUACUAAAGCGUGAUCCCAAAGAAGCUUACGUAAACGGCUAUAAUCCAACACUGCUCUUAGCGUGGGACGCAAACAUGGAUAUACAGUAUAUUCUAAACCCGUACUCUUGCAUUGCCUAUAUCUGCAGCUACAUCAGCAAGGCCGAGCACGGUUUAAGCGAAUACCUUAAGACAAUGAUUGAGAACUCAAAUCAUGAAAAUCUCAAUGAAAGUGACGAGAUGAAACAAGUGAUGCAGGCGUACUCCAAAAAAAGAGAGGUCAGUGCUCAAGAGUGCGUCGCUCGUGCAUGUAGUCUGAACAUGAAACGGUGUUCCCGCAGCGUGAUAUUUGUACAGACCGAUGACAACCCGCUGAAAAUGAGUUAUCCCAUGUCGCACCUAGAGAACAAAACACCAGACUCGGUUAAUGUGUGGAUGACAGGCUUACCCGACAAGUACAAAUCGAGACCAGAAUCGCCAGAGUUUGAGUCAAUGUGUUUGGCUGAUUUCGCUGCCACUUGUAGAAUUGUCUAUGGCAAACAGGCCCAAGGUGCAAAAGCUAUUCCCCUGCUCAAUGAAAUGGGAUUCGUUCAGAAGAGAACAAAGGAUAAGCCCGCUGUCAUCAAGUAUUACCAUGUCUCGCAGGAAAAGAAACCUGAGCAAUUUCACGGCACAUUGCUAAAGCUUUACCUGCCUUAUCGCUCAGAGACACAGCUCAAGUCCAUAAACUUCCCCACUUACAAGUCCUUCCAUGACCAUGCAGGCGUUCAGCUACCUGGUUCAGAGUACGCCGAGCUAGUGUCUGACAUUGUGAAACGAAACCGAGAGAAAUAUGAGAAACACAGGGAAGACAUCGAUAGUGCCAUCGCAGAGUACGAACAGAAUGGUUGCAUAAGAAACGAAUGGUGUAAUCUGGCUCCUGAAUGUGAACUGCAAAGGUUAGAGUGCAUUGAAGAACUUGACGCGAGACCAGCCGAUGAGGAUAACGUCCAAGAGAAUGUGCCAGACUACAACCUUAGGUCAGAAAAUAGACCAGAAGGUGCCAUCAUGAGUGAAGCCCCUGAGAUGGAUCCGACAGUGUUGAAAGAAAUGUAUCGAAGCUUAAACCAAAAGCAGGCGUCUGUUUUCUAUGCCGUCAGAGACUGGUGCAUAAAGCGUGUCUGUGGUUCAAAUGAAGAACGGUUCUUCUAUUAUAUCAAUGGCGGUGCAGGAACAGGCAAGUCCCACCUCAUCAAAUGCAUCCACGCAGAAGGAUCCAAAAUAUUGUCUCGACUUCCCCGUAACGCAGAAGAAGCCGACAUUUCCAAACCUUCCGUACUCCUCACGGCUUUCACUGGUACUGCGGCGUUCAACAUAUCCGGCGUGACAUUGCAUAGUCUCUUCAAGCUACCGAGAAAUUUAAAGCCUCCUUUCCAAGGCCUUGGCAAUAAACUAGACGAAGUCAGGGCAGAUCUUUCAAAUGCUGAGAUACUAGUCAUUGAUGAAGUAUCUAUGGUCUCAAAGUAUCUGUUUGCCUACGUAGACAUGCGAUUGAAACAAAUUAAGGGAAAUCAAAGACCUUUUGGUGGAAUGUCGGUUCUCGCCGUCGGAGAUUUUUAUCAACUUCCCCCGGUCAGACAGUCGAAACCGCUGUGCGUGUACGAUCCCACUCGAAUCGACCUCUGGCGUGACCAAUUUCAGAUAAUCACAUUGACGGAGAUCAUGCGCCAGAAAGACGAUGUCGCUUUUGCCGAGACGCUAAACCGCAUCCGCGUCAAAGAGAAAGAUGAUGUAUUGUCAGGACAGGACAAAGCUUUGCUCUCACAGGCUGUCACGAUUCCAGCACUCUGUCCAAAAGACAUACUGCAUAUUUUUGCCACAAACAAACAGGUUGAUGCCCAUAAUUCAACAACGCUAGCGCUGUUUCACUCGGACAUCAUGAAGAUAGAUGCCCACGACUAUAAGAAAGAUCCCAAAACUGGAAGAAUGGCAAAACAAGCUACACCUUUUCACGGGAACAACCGAGAGCUCGCUGACUCAUUGAAACUUGCCAUUGGUGCACGCGUCAUGCUUACCAGAAACGUCAAUGUUCAGUCUGGUCUGUGCAACGGAACUUUUGCGUGUAUUGCGGAAAUAGUGAUCAGUGACGACGGUCCACAUGUCAGUAAACUCGGUCUAGAACUGGAUGUGUCGAGAAAUCCCAACAAUGUAAGUGCAGCUGACAAUAUUGUGUACAUUGAGAGAGACGAAGAGAAUCUGAAGCAAAGGGGAGUGGUUCGCAGACAGUUUCCUCUAAAACUUGCGUUUGCGUGUACAAUACACAAGGUUCAAGGUAUGACCAAAUCCUCAGCAGCAGUAUCGCUAAAACACAUCUUUGAACCCGGCAUGGCCUAUGUGGCUCUCAGCAGAGUAACUUCCCUCAGUGGACUACAUAUUCUCGAUUUGGAUGAGAAAAAAAUAUAUGCCAAUCCAGAAGUUCACACAGGUCUUGCGAGCAUGACAGAAGCUUCACUUCAGCACAUUAUGCCUCUAUUUCAUAUCUCGGCGACAUUAAACCGACAGGACGUUCUCACCGUCAUCCAUCAUAACACCGAAGGACUACCGGCUCACGUCGCUGACAUCAAAAGUCAUCAUGAACUUUGUCUCGCAGACGUCCUCUGUCUAACAGAAACACACCUGCAAGGAUCUUUUGUUUCCGAAAGUAUCCACUUGGAAGGUUACACGUUGUUUCACCGUAAUAGGAAUGUCUCUUACACAAACUGCCCUCACAUUUCAAACAAAAAUGGUGGCGGAGUUGCUAUUUAUGUGAGAAACCACAUCCGAGUCAGUGAAAAACGCUACAUACAGAACGCUACAGAUAUCGAGUUUACCGUCAUUAAACUAGAAGCCCCGUUCAUUGCGCUGAUUGCUGCCGUCUACAGGCCUCCGAGCUACAGUGUGCACUUAUUUCUAAAAAAUUUGCAAAGCCUUUUAGAUUCACUCGAAGUCAUGGAUCAUCACCCAAUCAUAGUGUGCGGAGACUUCAAUGAAAAUCUGUUGUCCGGUGCAAACAAGCCGAUUUAUGAACUGUUUCGUGCUAAAGGUUACGCGCAACUUAUCACCGCUGCUACCACGGAUAAAAAUACACUGUUGGACAGCAUUUACAUCUCCCGACCGCAGCGAUGUCUCCAUUCUGGUGUCCUACAAUCGUAUUACAGCUACCACAAUCCUGUUUACUGUACACUAACAUCAGAAAAUGUAUAAAUAUCAAUUAAUAUCAAUUAAGUGUCAAACAACAAAGCAUUGUGAAAUGCAUUGAUCGUUGCAAAUUGAUUUCAUGCGAUAAAACAGAUUAAAGUUAGCAGUUAUUCAUUUUUUCUCAAAAUAUCACUCAAACAAAAAUAUCACUCAAAC